UGCUCAGAGCGUAAUGGUUGGGGGAGAGAGAGAGAGAGAGAGAGAGAGUGGCCAUCCCGGAAGGAAAGUGAAGCAGCAGCAGCAGCGCUGCGGAAAGGAAGGAAGACGAUUAAUAUAUAAUAUAUGAUAUGAUGGCCAAGAGGUCGAAUUCCGGAUCCAAACGAGCUGCAGGGGCCGUGGCUGCCGGGAGCUGCUGCUUGGGCAACAUCGACGAGGUGAUACAAGUGUUCAAGCAGUACGACAAGAACGGCGACGGCAGGAUCUCGUGCGAAGAGCUCCGGGAUGUGCUCAGCGCCCUCGCCCCCUCCCCUGCCUCCCUCGAGGAGGCGAAACGCGCUAUGUCGGAGAUCGACAAGGACGGCAACGGUUACAUUGACCUCGACGAGUUCACGGACCUCAUCCUCGGUGGCUCCGGCUCUGACACCAGCAAGGAGCUCAAGGACGCCUUCGACCUCUACGACCUCGACCAGAAUGGCCUUAUCUCCGCCCGCGAGCUCCACGAGGUCAUGAAGAAGCUCGGCCAGAAGUGCUCCCUCAAGGACUGCCGUAAGAUGAUCGGCUCCGUCGACAAGGACGGCGACGGCAACGUCAACUUCGAGGAGUUCAAGGUCAUGAUGACCACCACCACUACUACUACUACUAAUUAAUUAACUCUUCCACCUGAAAUUAUCAAUAUCAAUUAUCAAUAUUAUCAAUAUCAAUAUUUGACGGCUUGGCAUUGCUCGCUCGCUCGCUCGAUCAAGCACCCACCCGACCUGCCCGCGGUACCGGACCAUAAGUACGUGCCAUUUAACUUCUUCUUCUUUAAACUGUAAUUAAUUUAAUUAGAGUAGAGUAUAGUAGCUAGUUAGUUAAUUAUAGCUCAUCGAUCGAACCUCCUUCCUUCUCUUUUACAAAUAUAUGUCGUUGAAUGGUUGAUAUUAUUGAGUUCUGCAGUUGCUUGCUCUUAAAUUACGAACUCGGAUGUAGGUAGCUAGCUAGCUAGAGGCAGCAAAACGAGUGUACGUUGACAUCAUUGUUCUUAAGUGUAAUUCUCUAUAGCUAAAUAACAUAAUGUGCUUGAUGAUUUGGCGCCACUCGAUA